UGGACGCGGGUACAAAACUUCCGAAGCACCUGCUUCGGGUUUGUUUACAAACAGAGCACACUUCCCAGCCGUGUUUUGAGCCCGAAGACGGAAGCGGAAAUGGUCCCACCGAGGCGCACCCAAUAGCGACGCAACCAGUGAUCGCACGCCACCAAUGGGAGCCCGCGUAGCUGCCUGACGUCACGUCGAAGGCCCUAGAGCGAGGCGAAAAACGGCGCAGGAGGCGGCGGUGGGGGUCGUCUCGUUCGGGGAUCCCGCAGUUAUGGAUUCCCUUCGGGAGCAGGUGAUGAUCAAUCAGUUUGCGCAGGCAGCUGGAUGCGCGAGGGACCAGGCCAAACAGCUACUUCAAGCUGCCCACUGGCAGUUCGAGACGGCGCUCAGCAUUUUCUUCCAAGACGCGGCUGUUCCUGGCUGUCACCCGGCGGGCCACUUUAGCUCGAUGUGCACGCCUGCCAACACGCCGGCAACGCCGCCCAACUUUCCCGAGACCCUGCUGUCCCUGUCCAAGCUCUCGGCCGCCACCCCUCCAACGGUGCCCAGCCCCAUGCAGGGCUCGGCACUGCAGGGCGGCUACCAGGGCUGCAUGGGUGCGCCGAGCCAGUACGCUCCGCAGCGGAGCGGCGGCAUGCCUCCCCAUUCUUCCCAGGGCCGCUGCUAUCCAGCGAGCACCUCGCCUUCCUCGUCCUCCAUGGAAGCUCAACGGUAGAGGCCAUCCCAUCCUUCAACGCGGAGGAAGUGGCCUGUCCCCUCGACAACACACAAGCGGGAAGAGAAACGGGCCUGUGCGCCGACGGGACCGCGCUCUGCGCAGCGUUGCUUCGUCGUGGGUGCAUAAGCAGCAGAGCACGUGUCCGGACAUUCGAUCGGCGAUUCCGCAGGCUGGAGGAAGGGUGGGGUUGUGAACGCAGGGGUUGGCGCUCACCGAGGUACGGACGUUCGAAUGGUAAUUGCUCGUUCAGUUUGGAGGAGGUGUGUGUGCGUGUCUGCAAAGCAUGUCGAUUGGCAGCUGUGCCCCCUGGGCACGUUGUGCUGGCUUUUGUUACAUUACCAUCCAGGUCUUCGAUGGGCUCAAUUAGCAGGGGAGUACCGUUUAGUCUGCCAACACCGGAGACUUGCGUAUUAGAUGGAACACCUGAAUCGUACCUUUCAUCGUUGCCAUUUUUGCAACUGAGUGAAAUUGGAGCCCUCAAUGCAUGCAGUCCUUUUGGCAGCAUGUAGAGAUUGUACAUCAUUUUGGUGAUUCAAAGCUGUUGGUUUGUAAUAGUGGAUUUGGUACUUGUAAUGUAUUAUGAUAGGGGCUGCAGCAAACCAUUUCGACUGUUGUAAUGUUCUAAACGCCUUUUUACCAAACUUAGCUGCCAAAUUGGACUGGUCUGAAAAAUCUGUACUUUCAAGGGACUUGUAAAAGCACCGUGAUGCACUAACUGCCUGGUACCUUGGGCAGUUUCUCUGAAACUUCAGAAAAUGUCAUAAGCCGAGGCGCUUUCUACUUACGUUAUUUUCACAGCCUGGCACGUAGUCUUCGGCAAAUGUGCACCCGGUGCAUUGAAGUGCUGAAGUCAGCGUGUCCCUUGAAAGCGCGCUUGUUUCUGGACUGGACGGGAUACUCCAGUGGGGUCAGAUGCCAAGGAAGAAGUUUGGUUCUUUCAUGCAGCUGCUCUCAGCGGAGUUUGUAAGGGUAUUGCAGCCACCUAUGGUGUUUAAACUAGCACAGUCAAAAUGUGUAGGGAUUGGCAUCGCAGAAUCGGUGACACAGGGCAACAUUUGCUUCCGCCCUAAGUCUCUUUAAAUUUUUUGUCCCGGACUGCCCAAAGCACUGCUUUCAGACAGUGAGCAUUGACAUGAUCCGCAUCCUUUCGGAGAGUCCUGGGCAGUUCGGGAUGACAAAUCGAAGAGAUCCGCUGUCGCACGGGCUGCGCAUAGCACUCGCAGCCCCCGGACGUCGCUUGACUGCAGAAUUAAGGACUGUGGCAUGCUGCAGCUGUAGAACCAAAUCUUCUAUCACUCAAUGCCCUAUUACCCCUGCUCAUUACCCGGAGACUUAAAAGGCCAGAUGUGGAAGCUAGAGCAGUUGACAGCACUUGUAAGAGAGUUUUCGGAGGAAAUGGCAUGUACCCAAAACGCACGUGCUUGUUUGAAGGUUCUGCAGAAAGCAAACUCCCCCCCCCCCCCCCUUUCUCACCACCUUUUUAAAAAAAAUCUUUUGUUCAUCACUCGAAGGAUCUUGUGGAUGUGGUGGUGUCGUAGAGGGCUCGAAAAAAACCGUGGUUGCACAGUGCCCGAUGUCGUUUUUUUUUUCCCCUCCGUUCAUCGCUGCCCGCAUGAUUGGUUGGGAUGAGUCUAGUUUGGAAACCUGAAACGGGGGAUGACAAUGCACUUUUUUUUUUCCCCCCAUCUGCUAGUGUGUUAAGUUUCUCAAGUGACGAGACAACUGUCGCUAUAUUCUCGAUCGUUCACUUAGGGGAGACAAUCACUUUGGGCAACCAGCCCUGGACGUGUAGGCUUCUGUAGGUGACGGCAUUCCCAAUGCUGUGUUAAGACAGUGUGCUCUGCAGUGUGCCAGGUAUAAUGUCCCCCCAUAGGUGCCGAUGCAUUUGGCGCUAAUCAAGUAAAAUCUUGCGAAAGUGAUUGCUUCACCAAAAGUAAACGUGUUUUCACCUUUUGUUUUGUCAUACACUGAAGGAGCGAUUCGAGCUCACAUCCAUGUGCUACGAAAGCGGGCAUGUAAAAGUGUUGUCUGUAGGCUUCCUUUUUUUAACUCCUUUUCACUGAGAUGCGAGUGCACUGUUUUGAUUAGGCAGUCCUGUUUGUUGAGGAAUUGUGGAGUGAUUAGUGGGUGGCAUGCUUUCCUUAUUAGCACGUCGAUCUUUGAACACUCUUCUCGUAGUGCAUGGCUGUCGGGGAAACUUGCCUUUCAUAGCUUAUUUGCCAAAGCAUGACUGGAAUUGUGAUAAAAGGUUGGCUCGUAAUUUAAUGCUACCUGUUGCUGAGCUGAUGAGUGCAGCCUCUAAAGUGUGCUACCUUGCAGAAAGAUGCCCAGAACUCUGUUUGCCUCUAACUUUGGACAAGCCAACGAGGAUGUAUUGAGCAGAGGGGUAAAUUAUUGCUCAGCAAUGUCGGUUGUUUGUCGCCACACUGAGACCAAUUUCUUUCUUGACUUGAGACACUAAAGGAAAAUAUUGGGUCGAGGUUGAUUGAAAGAUUAGGCAUUUGUCAUAGCAAAUUCGUCGUUCAUAAUGAAAACAGAGCUUGCGUUGUGGAGAAAAUGACUCGCUUAACCGUAUCUGGUAACUUGAACCCAAGCAGAGCUGCAGAGUGCGGAUAGCUUCAGUGACUCGCGCAAGCAAAACGCCAAAGAGUUUCUAAAAGACAUAACAGUAGCACAGAGGGAGGCCUUGAAGGGAUUAAGUCAACUCGUUCGUUCUGGCUCGGGCAGUUUAAAUUGAGCAGCAGUGGGACCUUCGGCGGCAAUUUUUGACGCAACAAAAUGAUUGGCAAUCGCAAAAUGAUGAUAGACAUCUACACGGAUACUCUAUCAAUCUAGCUCGGCCUAAUAUUUUCUUUUAGUGUCCCUUUAAAGUUUCGUAUUGCCGGCCCCUCUGCCUGCUUUAAACUUGUUCAGUGAGAAUAACUUCGGACGAUGGCAAAUGUCUGCAUCAUCCUGGCCAUUUAGCCCCUUGCUCUGUUCCACCAGACUUAACGGGCCAGAAUUACUUGGAAUGGUAUUUGGAUAGCGCAGUAAAACUAGGACACGAGAAGAAACGAAGAUGAAGACAAUCGAGUCUUCGUCUGCAAUUAAGUCUGCAGAAUUACUUGAUUGGCUUCAACUCGCUUGGCCCCGAAACAUAUUUGGCUCUGGCUCAAUGUGGCGUCAACGCGGCUUUGUGGAUUGCUAGGUCGACGGUGGUAUCGGCAGGGUUGUGAACGCAACGAGAGGUGAAUCCAGCUCUUUUCAACUGGAAAGCAUGACACGAGGCAGCAAGUGUUCUUCCGCAAGUUUUUUUUUCCUCUCUAUUCCAUAGCAUGCGAAGAGUGGCAAACGACCGGCCUUAGGGGUCGUUUGCCGUUCGUCCAGAGUUGCUCACUAGUUUUUCUAUUUUAGUUUUUUUUUUCUCUACGGAUUGUUCUCGUCAAUUUUUGCCGACUGCUGCAUAUGCGUGCCGCUCCCGAACCCACUGGUGUUGUUUCUUCUACUAUAUGCUAGUGGGAGCUUGUCGUCUUGUGCUAGAAGAGGGUCUAAGAGAAUCCCGAUGACUAGUUGCAUGCUGAUGUUUGUGCAGUGCCCCAAUGUUGGCGAUUUUGCUGGUGCUCGUGCCCCAUGGGUGCAUAUGGCUGCUCGCUGCCUCUAGUUUUAUGCCAUUUGCAAGUUUCCUGCAAUUCGGUCAUCCACCCACAUUCCUCAUAUCGGCAGCAAACCUGGAAACAGCACGUUGACGUUGCUCAGAACAACGCCCUAUUGAGUAACAAUAUGCGAUUGUAACGCCGAGGCGCCAUUUUCAGACAUGUCUGAUAUGAGAGGUGCCACUUUACUGACGUAUCAGAUUGGCUCCAUACUUGGCUAGCCUCUACACUUCCCAGGAGUGGAGGAGCAUUCUUUGCACACAGAUAAUACAAUCGCAUCUUAACCAAAGUUAGCAUGCCCAGUGUUUUGAGUCUGUGCUUCAGCUGAAAAUUUUUCGAAGAGAGUUCCCUCAACCUUGUCAUUAUGGCAUAAACAGUGACAUUGAAGUCUGUACAUCAAGCUACCGGUCUCAAAGACGAUGGCAUUGAGCAACUUGAAAAGCCUCGAAGUUUUUGAUACUCCUGGCGAUACCCAUGUGGCACGAGCUAUGGCCUGGAAAAAAAAAGAAGGGUGGUAUCAGUGUGGUUUACGUGUUGUCGAAGUGACGUUGCAACCACGUUGGCUGGCUUGUAGAUAGACCGACCGGCUCCCCUCGCAAAUGUGCAAUUGUCGUCACACUGUCGCUUCUUUUCUCUCUCAGUAUUUCAGUGUGCUUAUGUGCCUUGGAGCAAUUGACAACCAUGUCUCGCACAGCUUUUUGCAGGAACUGUCGUUGUGUUGCCAACAAAUCUUCUCUCAACUGGGUUUGUCGCAACGUCGUAACCUUUUCCGGGGCAAUUCUGGGGGAAAUUGUGCAUACGCUGACGUCUGCAGUAACAAUGGAUUACUUGCAUGAGUGGAUGUUACAACCAUGGGUGUAUAUGUGAGAAGCAAUAUUGUGUGUCUCGAUAUUGAUAUUAUACAUAUUAUAUAUACGCAUAGCGUAACAUGGCGCAAUUCAGUUAUAAAAGAGUGACUAAGUGACCACCACCUCAAUGACGCAGAUAUUUUAUUGAGCUGAACUCUCUAUUUUGUGUCCAGUGAAACAUAGUCAUACCCUAAAAAAAAAAAGACUGCUGUUUGGCAGUUUGUUUUAACCUUUUUUGUUUCUAGUUUUUGUUAUUGACUCUCAUGAGUCCAUCGUAGGACAAGGGUGUGUUGUGCUGGGAAUGACGUAUGCACGAGUGUUCAUUGACUGAAUAAAGACAGUGUCUUGUCGCCAUC